AUGAGCAACGAGACCACUAGGUUUUGUGAUUGGCGUGUGGAAAUUUAUGACUGUCAAGGAUAUAGAUAUAUGUGGCAGGGUUUAUUUGUUGACCAUGGAAAUGGCAUAAGACCUUUACCUGUUGAUUGUUUACUUUUCUUUUGGACGAUUGCUGCAUAUAUUCGUGGUACCCAUUCUUUACUUAUGUUACUUAAUGCUUAUACUCGUUAUUGGCAAAGAGAAACUUUUCAAGAACUUGGGUUUACAGUUUUAUGUUAUGGUGCAGUUUGUUAUAUUAUUGGAAUUAUAUACACAAUUCCUGUAAAUUAUACUAGUGGAAAACCGACUCUUAAGGUUGAUACUAAAUGUGACUUAUCAGAUUCAACCGUACGUGAUAUAUACCUUCCAAGACCUAUAACACUUAAUUAUUACCUUGCUAUAUGGUUACUUUUACCUACCGUGACCGUUUUUCCAUCGGCAGUUCUUUCAGGAAUUUAUAGAGAUAUUGGUGAUGGAGAAAUAGCAGAUCGAUGGACUUCAACACAAUAUAUCAUUUAUUUUUUCAUUGAUAUGUUAUUUGCUACAGUUGGAGCAUAUUAUGGAAUUAAUUUUAUGUUAAUUCUUCGAGGAUCAAUGAAACAAUUUAAUCGUAAAUCAGUUAAUUAUCAUCAAUCAAAAAAUGGAACAAGAGAAGCACUUGAACGUCUUAAAUAUACUAUGAUAUAUCUUGCAGUUCUUCCACUUGUUUCAGCACCUUGUUGGGGAAUGUAUGGUAUUUAUCGUCAAAAAAUGAUUUCAUCCAUGAAUUUAGCAAAUAUUUUAAUGUCUACUAUUUGGCAUGCUGCUGGACCUCAACCUUUAAUAGCAUUAUGUCAAUAUUUAUUGGCAAAACGUGUUUAUCAACAUUAUACUGGUAAACUUACUUCAUCACAAAAUGAAUCAUUAGGUUCACAUUCAAAUUUAACUGCUUCUCAACAAAGACCAACAUUAGCUCGAUCACCUACUUCAAAUACUUUUGGUGAAUAUAUUACUAAUGAUAAUAGUCCUGAUUCAUCUGAAGAUUUUGCUAUAGAUUUAAAACCUAUUAGAAAUAAUGAUUUCAAUGAGAAUAAUAUGUUAGAUGCAGACUUGGCCGUAAGUAUUCCUGCACCAGCUUAUGGAUCAGAAAAUGAUAUAGAACGACGAGCUUAG